AUGAAUACAGAGGAUGGUUUACAAGCGACGCCAAGACACCGAAAGCGGCAUAAAGGGAGAAAAGAGAAAAAGAAAUCGAAAGACAACACUGAGAAUAUUCCUACAACCAGUGAAUUGUAUGAAUUUAAUCUGAUUUGCUUGGAAGAGAAUAAUCGAUUAAGAAGUCUGCACAACUGUCCUCCACUAAAAUUAAGCAGAAAAUUGAUGAAAUCCGCCCUACAACAUUCUGAAUUUCUUCGACAACAGCGUCAACUACAACAGGUUGCAGAUAUUAAAUGUGGACAGAAUUUGGCAUUAAUAAUCGGUCAAACAGACUACAAAGUUGCUGGUCUUAAUGCAAUACAAGCAUGGUACAAACAGUCAGAAAAUUAUGAUUAUAAAGAGCACUUUCAACUGAACAGAGGUUAUUUCACUCAAAUGAUUUGGAAAACUACACGUGAAGUUGGAUUUGCAUUUUCUAUACCUGAACAAGGAAAUUUUGUCUUUGUAGUUGGGCAUUAUUUACCAGCUGGUAAUAAAAAUGAAGAGUAUAUAGAGAAUGUUCCAUCAAAAAUAGAAGAGGGCGAUCAAACAGACAGCAUCAAGCCAGAUCGUUCAAUACCAACUAAUAAAGAAAACUAUUCACAUUCACCUCGUUGUCCUACUGGUCAGUGCGUAAUAAUUUAA